AUGAGUAGUUUGUGUUUACAGCGUUUGCAGGAAGAAAGGAAGAAGUGGAGAAAGGACCACCCCUUCGGCUUUUUCGCAAAGCCCACCAAGAAGCCAGAUGGUUCUAUGAACUUACAAAAAUGGGAAGCUGGGAUACCUGGCAAAGAGGGAACAAUUUGGAAAGAUGGCGUGUUUCCCAUUACCAUCGAAUAUCCAGACGAUUACCCUUCGAAACCUCCUAAAGUGAAGUUCCCCGCCGGGUUCUACCACCCGAAUAUAUACCCCAGUGGAACGGUGUGCCUGAGUAUUUUGAAUGAGGACCAGGACUGGAGGCCCGCUAUUACCCUUAAGCAGAUCGCGCUGGGGGUGCAGGAUCUCUUGGACAGUCCCAACCCCAACUCGCCUGCGCAAGAACCGGCGUGGCGAGCCUUCUCCAAAAACGUGAAGGAGUACGAAAGGAAAGUGAUAGAGCAGGCUAAAAGAUACACGAAGUGA